GACGUGAACACCAACCGAAACCCUAUCGGCGGCCUCCACGCUAUACCGCCGUUUCUCUUCCUGCGCCGAUUCUUCUUCUGCUUCUUCUUCUUCCAUACGAUCGCCCAACUCCUACUCCACCCGAUUCUGCCGAGUCUCCUCCUCCUCUGCGCCGAUCGUUCCUCCUCCUCCCCCUCCCCCUCCGUGCGUCAUUUUCCGUUUUUUCCUGCUUCAGCCGCCGACUCCUCUUCUUCCAUUUCCAGCGCCGAAUUCGGCUUUUCAGAUUGUAAGAAUGGUUUUUAUGGAAGUAGAUCUGUCAUGGAAUGUGAUAAUUUCGCCUGAGCAACUUGAUGCAAAAGGGCUCCUGCUCCACAAAGCUAUUAUCUUACGACUCAUGGAUGACAUUGCAAGUCGGAAAGCAUCGAAGGAGCAUGGAUACUAUGUUGCAGUUACUACCUUGAACUCGGUAGGGGAAGGAAAGGUGAGGGAACUGUCAGGAGACGUACUGUUUCCUGUGACCUUCACCUGCAUCACCUUGAAACCCAUCAAGGGUGACAUUUUAGUGGGUACUGUGGAUAAGAUUCUGAAGCAUGGCAUAUUUCUGAAAGCUGGGCCAAUAGGUAGCAUCUUUCUCUCCGAGAAGACGAUGAGAGAUUACAAGUAUGUUGGAGGGGAUAACCCCAUGUUUCUGAACGAUAAGCAUGCUAACCUUGAAAAGGACACUAUGAUCAGGUUCAAGGUACUUGGCUUGAAGUGGUUAGAGUCUGACAGAGAGUUUCAAGUACUUGCAACUCUAGCAGCUGAUUUUCUCGGCUCUCUGUGACUUGUCACGAAUAGCUGGGAUCUGUGAUCAUAUUUCUGCAUCGAAUGCUUGACUCUGAAUUACCAUUGUGGUUCCCCUUGUUAGCUAACUUGGUUGUUCCAAGAACCUAACUUCCUUGUAAAGCUGUUGGAUGGUUAUUGUAAUGAACUGGCUCUAACUUGAGACUGGCCUUUCUGUUCUGUCUUGACCGUGAUGUAUAAAAGCAGUUGGUGAAUGUUCUACGUGCUGUGUAAAGUAGUUGGUGUAUCCUAUCAGUAACUUCCAUUUGUAUCGAUUGUUACUUGAAAGUGUCAAUUUCAAGUGAUUAUGAGUUUUUGAUGGAAUAUAUAAAUGAAGGCAACACGACUUAUUAAUGCAAA